AUAUAUAUCUGUAGAACCUUCAUUAACUGAUUCCAUAUUGUCUACUGUAUUCCAUAUUGUCUACUGUAUUUUUCAACGUAAGGCAAAGAGGAAAGAAGAGAUGCAUUCUGUAAAGGAGAAAGUAAGCAACGCAGCUGCCGCUGGCAAAGAGCAUGUUGACAUUCUCAAAGCCAAAGCCGAAGAGAAGGCGGAGAAAGCAUAUGCAAGAACAAGGGAAGAGAAAACAAUAGCUGAAGAAGUAAGGAAAGCAAAAGAAGCAGAAGCAAAGAUGGAGCUGCAUCAAGCGAAAGCACGCCAUGCGGCGGAGAAGUUGCAAUCAAAGCAAGCUCAUCUUGGCGGAAUUGUAGGGCCGCACCAUCAUGGUCCUCCGGUUGGUGGUCAAGGCCACCAUAUUAAUCCGGUGGGUACUACUGUUACAACUAGUGGUACUGGUAUUGUUGCUCCUACGUACCCUCCUGGAGGUUACCCUCCUUUCCAUGGCCAUAUCUAAUGUGAGGGAUAGGUUCCCGUACUUGUAUUGCUUUGGUAUUUUAGUUGUUGAUUAUGUAAUCUCAGUUGUUCUUUGUUCUGCUUUUGAAAAAAUGGAGGAAGGCCUUUGGUAAUGCAAGACUUUUCUUCUGG